CCUUGACUGCUUAAGCUGGCAUUAUCUACGUUUGUUGACAGAACACCGAACGUCAUCAAAACGUAUUUGCUCAGAUUCAAAUCUACAAACACUGGAGUCAUAUCUACAGUUCGUGAGUACCUUAGAUAAGAUAUCGCUUCUACCAUAGCUGUUCUUGACCCUUGACUAACAUAUAAUUUGUUUUUGAUCGUGGUGACCAGACCAGAUAAAGGGAAGAAACAUGUAGAUACGGAAAUGAUGACAUAUGUGUGUUAGGAGGCAAAGUUAGCUUUGUUUCAGUUGUACUCUCAAUCAUUUUGUGAAGUUAGUCAGAACUGCUUUUGCAACUUUUAUGAAUUGUUGAAUCAUACCUUAAAACUACGCUGACACUACUCCUUCAUUAUCAUCAUGAAAGCUGGGCUGGAUCACUGGGUCGACAUACUGGUUCUUGUUGUGUACUUUGUGUUGGUAUUACUCGUUGGACUCUGGUCAAUGUGCAGAAAGGAAAAGAAUACGGUCAAAGGCUAUUUCCUAGCAGGACGGUCCAUGCUAUGGUUUCCGAUUGGUGCCUCGCUGUUUUCCAGUAACAUUGGGAGUGAACAUUUUAUCGGUCUAGCAGGUAGUGGUGCGGCCUCUGGUAUUGGUGUCGUAGCAUUCGAAUGGGGGGCGGCCAUUUGUUUACCGUUACUGGGUUGGGUAUUCCUGCCUAUCUACCUGUCCUCCGGGCUGUUUACGAUACCUGAAUUUCUACAGAAACGAUUUGGUGGAAGCAGACUUAGAGUGUACUUGAGCUGUUUAGCCUUAUUUUUGUAUAUAUGUACGAAAAUAUCGGUUGACGUAUACGCCGGCUCUGUAUUUGUACAACAGGCGUUGGGGUGGAAUACUUAUGUAUCAAUAAUUGCCCUGCUGGCCGUCACCGCUGUAUAUACUAUAGCAGGUGGCUUGGCCGCGGUCAUAUUCACCGACACGUUACAGACUGUUAUCAUGUUAGGAGGGGCGGUAACUCUGUCAGUACUAGCCUUUAUAAAGGUGGGAGGGAUUAGUGGAUUGAUGUACAAGUACUUUGAAGCCAUUCCUGAGUCAGCUAGGACUGUUAAUAUCACCGGAAAUAUGACAUUCGGAAACACUUCCCACUCCUCAUGCGGGCUUCCUCGAGAUGAUGCGUUUCACAUUCUCCGUGAUCCCGUGAACUCUGACCUUCCUUGGCCAGGAGUCCUCAUCAGGUCAACGUUUGUGUCCACGUGGUAUUGGUGUGCGGAUCAGGUCAUUGUACAAAGAGUUCUGGCAGCCAAAAACAUUGCUCACGCGAGAGGUGCGACGAUCAUGGCGGGAUUUCUGAAGUUUCUACCACUGUUCCUCAUAAUUAUGCCGGGAAUGAUCAGUAGAGUGCUCUUCCCAGAAACCGUAGCUUGCAAUGAUGCUGAGACAUGUAUGGAAGUUUGCGAGAAUCCGGCAGGCUGUUCCAAUAUUGCUUACCCUCAACUUAUACUAGGACUGGCGCCUAUUGGCAUGCGUGGACUGAUGAUGUCUGUUAUGAUGGCGGCGUUGAUGAGCUCUCUGACGUCAGUGUUUAACAGUGCAGCUACUGUGUUUACGAUGGAUCUGUGGAGGAAGUUCCGUAAAGAGGCCGGAGAACGAGAGCUUCUUAUCGUUGGAAAGGUGUUUGUCAUUAUCUUGGUGGGUGUCAGUAUUGCAUGGAUUCCCCUGAUAGAGGCGGCGCAGCAGGGACAACUCUUUAUGUAUAUCCAGGCCGUCACCGGGUAUCUCGCCCCGCCCAUCUGCUCUGUUUUCCUCCUAGCCGUAUUCGUACCAAGAGUAAAUGAACAGGGAGCCUUCUGGGGAAUGCUGGUUGGCCAAGUGACGGGAAUAACACGGAUGAUCCUAGACUUUAUAUACCCUUCUCCUAAAUGUGGAGAAGUCGAUGAUCGGCCAGCAGUCAUAUCCAAAAUCCAUUUCACAUACUUUGCCGCUAUGGUCCUAGUCGAAACAGCUUUGGUUGUCAUUUUAGUUAGUCUCUGUACAAAGCGACAGCCGUCCGAACAGAUAAAAGGACUUACAUUUUGGACAACGGAACCUAUUGGGCCCUAUCGAAAACAAGCAGAGUAUGAAACAACAAUCUCAUCCAACGAGGACAUCAAGGAGACGCCAAUGGGUAACCGAACAUCCCUUGACCUCGACCAGUCUCAUGAAAUUCAUAAGAAUGGAAUAAUACAGAAAGAUAUUCCCACGGAACACGACAAUAGCACGAUGAAAACAUUAUUGAAACAAAAACUGUACAUCGAUAAAAAGACUAAUUACUUUUUGAAUCUAUGUGCUAUUCUUCUUAUAUGUGUGUUUGUUAUUUUAUAUGGAAUUUUCUACUAAAUGUUAUUUUUUCCUCUGAUAUAUUAUGCAAACUUUGUGCAUCCCCAUAACAUGUUUACAAUGUGUGUUUUAUGACACCUAAUGUGUGAAGAUUGUUGGUGACUAAAGUUUAUCUACAUUAGUUGCUGUCUGUAAUAUUCAGGGUUAAUAAAGA